UAGAAGCGCUAACACACUGAAGCGCGCACAGGCAUAUGGACUGCAACCUGCUGCCUCCUGUUCAGUCCGUCACUCACAGCCUGUCGGAGUGGGCGACCCGUUCAAGUGUCGGAAGGCGUUUUUUUUAAUGUUCAAUUGCACAUUUGGAAAAGUCAUAUCGAAUUGGAGAGCAGAUUGAUCUCCGUGCGUAAAAUGGCUCGUUUCAGGGGAGUCGUUACUCUCUUACUGCUGAACUUCGUGUCGCACGGUGUCUUUUGAGCGACUUUCCCACCGAGCGCUCUCCACAUAGUUUCACAUGGUGCACUUCAUCCCGAAGCACCACUGCGCGCAGAGGGAAUCAGAAAUGAGAGCGGCGCCGACCCUGUUGGGCGCAUUUUGCUUUGGGGAGUAUUUCAAAUGGCUUGACACACAACUCCUUUUUCGCUUUUGAUUUGUGGCUGCGACAGAUAACGACGCUUGAGCGGACUUUGGUUACCAUACGCUCACUUCGCAUUCGGACAGUCGACUGCGGCGCACAGACCAGACACACUCGGGACUCCGGAGAGCGCAGCGGGACAACACGAUGACCGGCUGCUGGCUUGCCUUGGUCGGAUUGUGGUGGAGCACAUAUUACUGCAUGUUCCCGGUGGCGGGGAGUAACUAUUCACUGGAUGGAAACUACGAGGUGCACCCGGGCUUCAUCCACCGGCGGCUGCGGACGCACGAGAAGCGGGAGAUGCAGAAGGAGAUCCUGUCCAUCCUCGGGCUGCCCCACAGACCGAGACCGCAUCUGUCGCACGGAAAGUACAACUCCGCUCCGCUGUUCAUGUUGGACUUGUACAACACCAUAUCGAGCGAGGAGAAGAGCCAAGUGGAAGGCAUGCUGGAGCGGUACCAGUCCACGCCGACAACCCAGAGCCCUCCUCUGGCGACAUAUCAAGAAACUGCCUUUCUGAACGAUGCGGAUAUGGUGAUGAGCUUCGUAAAUUUAGUCGAGUACGACAGCGAGCUCUCUCCACAGCGGCGUCACCACAAGGAGUUCAAGUUCAACCUCUCGCAGAUCCCCGAGGGCGAGGCCGUCACGGCGGCAGAGUUCCGUCUCUACAAGGAGUGUGUGAGCCGCACCUUCCGCAACGACACCUUCAUACUCAAAGUCUACCAGGUGGUCAAGGAGCACCCUGACAGAGAGGCCGACCUGUUCUUGUUGGAGUCCCGGAAACUGUGGGCGGCCGAGGAGGGCUGGCUGGAGUUUGACAUCACCGCCACCAGCAACCUGUGGGUGAUGAGCCGAGCGCACAACCUGGGCCUGCAGGUCAGCCUGGAGACCAGCAGCGGACAGAGCAUCACUUCCAGGGAGGCGGGGCUCGUGGGACGCGACGGCGCACUGGAGAAGCAGCCCUUCAUGGUGGCGUUCUUCAAGGUCAGCGAGGUGUACAUCCGCACCACCCGCUCCACUGGCGGCAAACGUCGCCAGCAGAAUCGCAACCGGUCCACGCAACCGCAGGAGGGAUCCAGAGGGCUGGGCCUGCCAGAUUACAACAGCAGCGAUCAGAAAACGGCGUGCAGGAGACACGAGCUCUACGUCAGCUUCCGAGAGCUGGGCUGGCAGGACUGGAUCAUUGCUCCGGAAGGCUACGCAGCCAACUACUGUGACGGGGAGUGCUCCUUCCCCCUCAACGCCCACAUGAACGCCACCAACCAUGCCAUUGUACAGACACUGGUGCACCUGAUGAACCCCGAGAACGUGCCGAAGCCGUGCUGCGCCCCCACCAAGCUCCACGCCAUCUCGGUGCUCUACUUCGACGACAACUCCAACGUCAUACUGAAGAAAUACAAGAACAUGGUGGUGCGGGCCUGUGGCUGCCACUGACGCCGCCGAGGACCGAUACGAGGAAAGGAGAAAAAAAACAAAGGGUUUGGCGAAGGGCUGCAAACUGCACCAGCGACUCCUGCGUGAGGUCGAACUCCGGUAGACACCAGUUUCAAAUGCCCAGCCUGCAAGGGAUGUCAACCCUGAAAGAUCAUUUAUAUGUUCUAAUGCAAUAAUCCUGGACAGCUCAAAGGUUUCAUCCAGCAACAUGAUUUGCCAACAAGGCACCAAGCUAUGUAAGUACCAUUGAAAAGAAAAAAAACCCCAACAACAUAUUCACUACAGUGCCGAGUCACCAAAUGGUCUAUCACCCGCUUUACUGGCUUUGGAGUGGAGUCUUUCUUUCAUGGGUCUGCAAGUGAAUGGAUGAUUACGUGUGUGUGUGUGUAUGUGUGUGUUGGGGUCAGUCUGUUUGUAUAUUGUGUUUAUGGAAGUGUGUGUGUGUAUGACUUGCCCUAAGAGGCUACUGCAACCUCUCCCUCACUGAGAGGACGGGGGCCAAACUGGACCAGUCCAGACUGCUGCUUUUCUUACUCUUCUAUAAAAAACACAGUGACUCAGUUUUCAGAAGAGACUUUUGUUUGAUUGCUGAUGAAUAACUUCUCUAGGCCUUCUCACGGCCACGGGGAGGAGACUCAGUGUCAUCGCAGCACUGAAAAACCAGCCGCGACAUAAACUGGUCAAGUCAUAAAGGAAAAUGUGUUAUAAACGGUUUGAGUCAAGACGUCAAAUUGCCAAACCGUGUCCUCUUCAGCUAAAAUGUUGUUAAGCCUAACAAUGAAAUACUGACUGAAUGAUCCAUUGGACUCAGUUGAUUCACAUUUCCUUCCUUUUUCCACCUGAUGUAUUUUCUUCUCAAGCCAUAUUUGCCUUACUUAAAAUAUAAUAUGGACUGAACCAUAGUGACCGCACACUAUUUCAGUAGUGCACUGCUCCCGAAUAUCCACUCCGUGUCAAUAUUUGCCGGGCUCACGCUGAGCUGCGAUUCACCAGGCUGGUUCAGCGCGCGAUGCACGUUCUGGCUAAAGCUGGUGGGUUUUUUUUUUUUCCUCCAAAGAACUGAAGAAUACAGCCUUAUCCCUCCGGCACACCGCAAAUGGCCAUUUCCAUGUUGCUGUACUCGCAAAGUUAACAAACGUCCCAGCCCUGACAACUUGUGGAAAAACAUUUAGCGAGUCAAACCCGGCCGACAGGACCGCUUGUGUGCCAGCAUUUCUGAAAUUAGCCCCUUUUGCUUUUUCAACCCUGAGGGUAAAAUUGUGCUGAGAUGUGUGUCCAGUGGCGAACUCGCUCUCUCCAAUUGAACAUGUUACUGUGAGCUUUGAAUGACAUAGUCUUUUAGAGACCAUAUUUUAAUGAAAAACUAAUACCAAUAAGAAUCAAAAAAUACCUUUACAUGACUAACCAACUAUAAAUUACAAAAUAUACCUCUGGUAAGCUGCUGUUUACAUUUGUGAUCAUGUUUAGACUGUUCUUGUUUGUAAAUACUUGUACAUUCUUAGCUUAUUUAUU